AGAACUUCUGAAGUGGAAUGGAUGGGGAUACAAUGACUCCAAAUUCAUCUUCAAUAAGAAGGGUCAAGCAGAAUUUACAGGAAAAAGGUACAGAUUAGGUGGUAUGGUAUUACCAACUUUUAAGGAAUGGAUAGAAAAAACCUUUGGAGCAAGUCUGGAGCACAAAACUACCUCUAGAGCAUCCUUAAAUGUUAAUGAUGUACCUCCAUCCAUUGUAAAAGAAGAAUUUCUUCAGGAUCUUAGAGCCACUAAAAUCUCGUAUUCACAGGAUGCAGAAGAUAGGGUAUUCAGAGCUCAUGGUCACUGCCUACAUGAGAUAUUUGUACUCAGGGAAGGAAUGUUUAAGCGAAUUCCUGAUAUAGUUGUGUGGCCUGUGUGCCAUGAAGAUGUAGUUAAAAUUGUGGAAUUAGCCUGCAAACACAACCUCUGCAUAAUACCGUUUGGUGGAGGGACAAGUGUCUCUAGUGCCCUUGAAUGUCCUGAAGAAGAAAAAAGAACAAUUGUUUCGCUGGAUACAUCACAAAUGAAUCGCAUUCUCUGGAUAGAUGAGAGAAACUUAACAGCUUGUGUGGAAGCUGGCAUUGUUGGACAAGAUCUGGAAAAACAGCUUGCUGAAAGUGGCUUCUGUACAGGCCAUGAACCAGACUCCAUGGAGUUCAGCUCACUAGGAGGGUGGGUUGCAACACGAGCAUCAGGCAUGAAAAAAAACAUCUAUGGAAACAUUGAAGAUUUGGUGAUUCAUAUAAAAAUGGUAACUCCUAGAGGAAUAGUAGAAAAAAACUGUCAAGUACCUCGCAUGUCAACAGGACCCGAUAUCCACCACUUCAUUAUGGGAUCUGAAGGAACUCUCGGGGUGGUUACUGAAGUUACGAUAAAGAUUCGCCCAGUCCCUGAAUACCAGAAAUAUGGCUCUGUGGUCUUCCCCAACUUUGAACGAGGGGUGGCCUGCUUAAGGGAAGUAGCAAAGCAGAGGUGUGCUCCUGCCUCAAUUCGCCUUGUUGACAAUGCACAGUUUCAGUUUGGUCAUGCUCUUAAGCCACAAGUUGCUUCCAUUUUUACAUCAUUUUUGGAUGGACUGAAAAAAUUCUACAUCACAAAGUUCAAAGGAUUUGAUCCCAACGUACUGUGUGUAGCUACCUUGCUCUUUGAGGGUGACAGAGAGAAGGUUCUUCAGCAUGAAAAGCAAGUCUAUGAUAUUGCCACCAAGUUUGGUGGCUUGGCAGCAGGAGAAGAUAAUGGACAGAGAGGAUAUAUGCUGACAUUUGUCAUUGCUUACCUUCGGGACCUGGGUCUGGAUUACUAUGUAAUAGGAGAAUCAUUUGAGACAUCUGUUCCUUGGGAUAGGGUUUUGGACCUUUGUAGGAAUGUAAAGGAAAGGAUAGUAAGAGAAUGCAAAGAAAAAGGGGUUCAGUUUGCUCCUCUUUCCACUUGCAGGGUGACACAGACUUAUGAUGCAGGUGCAUGUGUCUACUUCUACUUUGCCUUUAACUACAGAGGAAUUAGUGAUCCUAUUCAUGUCUAUGAACAAAUUGAGAGGGCUGCUAGAGAAGAAAUACUUGCCAAUGGAGGAAGCCUGUCACAUCACCAUGGAGUAGGCAAGUUGCGGAAGCGCUGGAUGAAGGAGAGCAUCUCUGAUGUUGGCCUGGGAAUGCUGAGAUCUGUUAAGGAAUAUGUGGACCCCAAUAAUAUCUUUGGAAACAAAAACCUUUUAUAAAGCCCUGCACAACAUGAUGUACUAAAACUCCUUCAAAAUUACUCUUGAAAUUCCUCCACUUUCAUUGUAUUGAUAUCCCAGUAAUCAAAUAUAACAUAGCCUAAACUUUAAAAACUAGUAACUAAUUGAUUUUUUUUGCCACUCCCUUCCCCUUCCCUCCAUAACGUGCAAAAUCACUGUUAAUGUUUAUGGAUUUUUACUUA